UGGAGGGCAGUUCAAUGAAUCUGACCUGUAGCAGUGAUGCUAACCCAGCAGCUAAUUACACCUGGUUCAAGGAGGAUGAACUCACCAUGAUAGCGUCAGGACAGAUCCUCACUAUCAAAGACAUUAAGUCUGAACACAGUGGGAAUUAUUACUGUCAAGCCCACAAUAGUAGAGGACUCCGUAACUCCACCUUUCAUUCGAUUGUUGUUUCAGGUUCAAUGAAAUCAGUAGCUGCUGGAUCAAUCACUGCUCUUUUUCUGGUUAUCAUUUUCCUCAUCAUCAUCUUCCUAUUCAUAAGAAGAAAGAGAUCCAACAAGCCUGAAGAGAGAACAGACAACGGAGGACAGCUUCAGGUGGCUUCAGUCGGUGAAAACUCUUCGUCUUCAGCACAAAGAAAACCAGCUGAGGUGCAGGAAGAACUUUGUUAUGCCUCUGUGACCUUCUCUAAAAACCAGGAAGAUCCUCUCUACUCUAACAUUUUGCAAGCCCCGCAAAACAGACCGAGACAAAGACCAAAACAACCCAAGAAGGAGGAGGAGGAAGAUUAUGAGGAUGUGGAAUACACGAUGGUCAAAUUUGAGAGAGCUAGUGCGUCCACAGAGUCAAGAAGUCCGGAGGUUGUGGAGGAUCAAUCUGCACUGUACAGCACGGUCACUAAGAAACCACGAGUAUGACCAAAUGAGUGAGGGUUCUGUUACCUCACAGUGUUGAAGCAAAUAUUAAAGUACAUUUCUCUGGACCGAUUCAGUCAAUGAUUCGAUAUAAAACACAAAAACAAACAUGGUGUCUUCACCUUCCAUCAUAAACAUUUACAAGUUUGCUUUAGGGGACUGUCUUUGCUUGUUUUUAUACCUUGCCGUAUUUUACAUUUCUAUGAAGUCCCUUGCUAUGCUUCUUUUAAAAAUGCUUAAUAAAAGGAAUCUACACGUCCAGGAUCUGUACUGUUGGGGCCAUUUGUAAAUGUGAUGUAUUUAUGGUUAAAGAUUGCAAAAGAGCCAAACAUUAAGACAGAAAAAAAUGUGCUGUUACAUUAUUGUUUAAUUGUGCUUAUGUUGGUUUUAGCUCAUGCCCCCCCCCCUCACACACACACACACCACCAGUUUAAAAAAAAUCAGUGCUCAAGCUGACGUGUUAAACUGCUGAUUACAGUCAUUUACUUCAAAUCACUGGUUAUAUCUAACAAUGUAUUAAUAUGCCCUACUUUUUUUUUCUUAUGUAAAAAGUUGUUUAAAUGCUGAUGUCACAAAUCCUUGAGCCUGAGGAUUUUUUCACACUUUUCUCACUCCCUGGUUCUCACUUUUGCUUUGUCUUUUUGUUUCUUGACGAUGAAUAUAGGCAACCUACUGCUCUCUGAUCCUGGCACGUUUUAAUUCAUGGUGUCAUGUAAACCCAUGCGGGCUGGGCAUAAAAAUGUAUGUAUGACACAAUAAAAAAACUUCAAACUUCCUCAGCCAAUACAUUCAGAUCCCAAGCUGUAAGGGUUUGAAAAGAGUUUUAAAUGACUAAGAUCUCAUGUUGCCUUAAAUCUUGUGUUCUGCCUGGUCAAUAAGUCAUAACCUAAAACAGUCCGACACACUGCCUUGUGAAGAUUAAAAAAGCCUUUAAUAUAUCGUCCAAAGCAACAAGUAACUGUUGGAUUAAAAACCCCGUUCUGUUUAUAGUUCAGUGUGCGCUGUCUUCAGAUGUUUCAACUAUUUUACUCCACAGGAAAACCACGCUGACAUCACUUCCUUACUUAAAUAAACUGUCUUUUCAUUUUUUUUUAAAUGUGUUCCAUCUGUGUCUGCGUCACUUCUGUGAAACUCGUAUUACACAAGCAGUGAAACUUCCUCUUUUCAUGGACUUAACAGAAGAGGAGCUGAAAUCAUCUUAUUCAGUUUGUUCCAAGUGUCUAAAUGUGUUGUCUUAUAAUACAACCCGAUGUGAAUGCAAAGAGAUCUGACGUAGAAGAAGAGAACUCAUGAAUCUGAUUUUUUUUUGGUAGACACAGUUUGAGUCAUGAAUCCUGUUUUGCUGCGUUUUGAUGAGCUGCUGAACCUCUACAAGCUCUAAUGUCUCGUAGGAUCUCGUUGGUGUGGGCGGCCUGCUGGAUGUCCCUAUCCUUCUUCCUGCAUCUUAUCCCAUCUCCCCCUAUCCCAUUUCUCAAGCUUCACAGUUUUAUAACUUUGUUGCUCAUGAUGAUUUAACGUUGGGUUUAUUUAACCUUUUUUUUAACAAGUUGAGAUCAAGCUCUCUUACACAAGGGGGACCUGGCCAAGAUUGCAGCAGCACAGGUCAUUAUAGAUAUGAUAUUUGUUAUAAAUUGGUGCUAUACAAAUAAAGAUUGAUUGAUUGACAUGUGGUAGGUGAAUUAAGUUUAUUCCCUUUAAAAACCUUGAAUGCAUGUCAUUUUAAUUUAAGUGUCAGAAACAAACAUGGUUUUUUGGAUGACAGAUGUAGAAAAAGGCAGAUUUAGAAAGAGGAUCUAUCUAAGGUUUUCAAUGAGAUGCAACUAAAAAUAAAUGUUCAUUAGUUUUUCAGUCACUCCCACAUUUGUUUCUUCCUCUUUUUUGAUUUCUUCCAAAUCUGUUCACCAUGUAGUCAUCAGUGUCUUAGCUCACUGUAGAGGAACAACAAGAGGAACAACACAUCUCUUUGAUGUGGACACACUGAACUGGACUUCUCUCACACACACAUUCAAACAUCGGGGGGAUGCAGCAGAUGGAGAUAGAUUAUAUUAAUGAGCGGCCACGUGCUCAUCAGAAACACAGCGUGGAUGUAAACCAAACAGAGAGAAGACUCUGUCGGCUUCUUCUCCUGAGCUUUGCUGUGCUGUGCAUCAUACAAGCCUCUCUCAACAUUUCCCUGCGUCUCACAGUGAACUCAAACAGGGAAUCACACGACUGCAACACAACUCAGACAAAGAGUUACGAUCAGUUCAACAGAUUACAGGAAAGAUUCAACGCGCUGACCAGAGACAAAAACCUGCUUGAAAAUCGAAACAAUGAACUGAACAACCUGAUAAAGGAGAUGCAGGAGGAACAGGACCGACUGAAAAUACAACUGAGGGAGAUGGGUGGCUGUCCGUCCUACUCUCAGUGUCCUGCCGGUUGGAGGCAGAUCGGCUCAAGAUGUUACCUCCUCUCCUCUGACAGUAAAACAUGGGAGGACAGCAGGAAAUACUGUCAGAGUAAAGCUGCUGACCUGGUGGUGAUCAACAGUGAACAGGAACAGAGGGAUUUGUACCAACUGGAUGGGGAUGUGGAUCUCUUGUUCUGGAUCGGUCUGUACGACACAGCCGGGACCUUCAGAUGGGUGGACGGAUCUAUGCUGAGCAAACCAUUCUGGCAGUCUGGUCAGCCGGAUCGGGGUGGUCCCAACAACAGAGAGGAUUGUGUGGAGAUGAAUCAUAACAACCCGGUGCUGGCCAACUGGAACGACGCCCGCUGUGGAGACAAGCGACGCUGGCUGUGUGAAAAAUCUCCCAGUACUUGUUGAUGUGAGCUUAAUGUUUUAAUGACACAAAAAGAAAGUCACAAUUAAAAGUACUUAAAAAAGU